AUGCCCCGCGACAGUCUUUUCGGUGUCCAAUCUGUGGCCGGAUAUUUGGGCGAAAUGACACCCUCCGUCGACAUGUGCGGCAGAGUCACAGAGGAAAGCAAUGAGGUCCCUUUACUUGUGCAUUCAAUGGCUGUCAUCGGUAUGUGGGCUACCAAUAUGAGGAGUACGCGGGCUGCAGCGACCGAGCUCCAUGAAACCCUCAACUCCGCUAUAUAUCAACAAAGGGAGAAGUGGGAUGCUUCUAUUGCAGAGAAUGCAUCGAGCACCUGCCGCUGGCCAAUCCCAAUGUACCAAGCCAUCCUAAUUCAUAUAAUAUUUUCUAUAAUAUGCAAAGACAGUAUUUCUCUUGGCCUUGAUUUGAAGCCUUCUCUACCCGCCACUGAUACUGAUCUUCUCGCCGCAUUGGUGCUGAGCUGCAGAAGAUUGGGUAUGUUCUAUUAUCCAAAUAUUCUUGCGCGAUACCAACCAGACGAUCUUUCCUCAUAUGUCUGGAUUGGGAUUGAAGAAGUCAAACGUUUUGACCUAGCUUUAUACAGAGUCUGCAAAAUUCUAGGCUCUAGUAAGUCAAACACUAAUGUGGGGGAUUACGGUAAUCCAGGGGUGGCAAGGUGGCAGCUCACUGCAAGCGAGCUACAGUUUCCAAUGCCGAAAAACGAUUUACUUUGGAACGCUGUAAAUAAAGAAGAGUGGAAUUCUGCUGCCACAGAGGAUGUGUACCACUUUAACUUGAACGAUACCAUGGAGUUGGAAUGGAUUUCAAACUCGGCAGAGCUCAUGCAGCGUACCUGA